UUUUAUUGUUUUGGGUUAGGUUGUGAUUUUGUGAAAUGUGAAUUAAGAUUUGAAAUUAUUUUAUACUGCUCGAAUAGUAUUUAUUAUUUGUUUUUGUUUAUGAUACAAUACAUCUAUGAGAUAGUAUAUACAUGUACAGUAUUAUACCUAGAUUGAAUAUUAGCUUUUUAGUUUUGACCGCAAAAAAAAGUGUUUUUAGUGUACUAAAUACCAUAGAGUUAAACAAAAUGCAAGUUUUCACUCAAAAGCGAAACCCAAUAACUGGUAGCACGGAAUGGGAUGUUCAACAUGAAGAUUAUGACUAUCACCAAGAGAUAGCACGAUCAGCUUUCGCUGAUAUGUUGCACGAUACUGAGAGAAACAAGAAGUAUCAUAGAGCAUUACAGCUUGCUAUAGAAAAAAUGCAUAGAAAUGGAAAAAAAGCCAAUGUCUUGGAUAUAGGAACAGGAACAGGAUUGUUGUCAAUAAUGGCAGUAAAGUGUGGAGCAGACUCUGUAACAGCCUGUGAAGCAUUUAAGCCUAUGGCGGAUUGUUGCGUUAAAAUUCUUCAGCGGAAUGGUGUAGCUGAUAAAAUAAAAAUAAUACCAAAAAGAUCAACUGACUUGAUUGUUGGUGAUGAUGGCGAUAUGCCAGAGAGAGCAAAUAUUCUGGUCACAGAAGUGUUUGACACUGAGCUCAUUGGAGAAGGAGCACUAUCAACAUUUGAUCACGCACAUAAACACCUAUUAGAGGAAGACUGUAUUGUUGUGCCAGAUUCAGCAGUAAUCUAUGCUCAGGUUGUGGAGUGUCCGAUGUUACAAAAAUGGAACAAGUUGAAUGACCUAGUUGAUGAGGAUCUAAAUCUUAUUUUGCGAACACCAGAGAGUAUAAAAAAUUGCGCUGGCUCUGCUGCUGUCCAUGAUAUACAACUUUCACAGAUUCCUCGGAACUCGUUUGUAGAAAUAUCCGAACAAAUCCCAGUGUUCUAUUAUGACUGGUCGGGAAAAUCCGCCAUUGACAUGAAAAAGACCAUUAAGCAGAAGUUUACAGUCACAGCUACUGGGAAGGCGCAGGCUGUUUUUAUGUGGUGGGAACUCAAUAUGGAUACUGAAGGGAUUGUACUUAGUUGUGCUCCUUGGUGGAGUCACCCCGAUGCUGAUCUAAGUUCAGAGCGACCUCAAGACACAAUACCCUGGCGUGACCAUUGGAUGCAAGCAGUAUAUUAUUUACCUCAAGAACUUCCAGUACAGAAAAAUAAAGAAGUAACAUUAAUAGCCUGCCAAGAUGAAUACUCCCUAUGGUUUUAUGUAGAGGAUGAUGAAAGUACAAAAUGUCAAUACUUCCAACGUCCAAUAUGUGAAUGUGGUGUUCACAUGGCCUUAUCUAGGACUCACUUAUCAUAUUUAAAUGAUGGCAGACGAAGUAAGAAGCUAUUGCAACAAUUGAAAAAUGACUUAGUAAAGGAUGCUGUUGUUUUAGAUGUAAAUGGAGGUAGUUUUAUGGGAUUAGCUGCUGCAAAGUUGGGAGCGAAGAGUGUUUAUAUAUUAGAAGAUAUGCCUUUAAACGUUGGUAUACUAGAAAAUUACAUAAAGGAAAAUGCUAUUGAUAAUGUGAAAAUACUAUCGGAACCGUCGGAGGAAAUAUUGGCAGAAAUAACAAAUGUUGUGUGUGAUCCAAAUUUUGUUAGUGCAAUAUUGCCGUGGGAGAAUUUGAAGGUCGCCUAUCUCUUGCAUAGAUAUAGGAAUAAUUUAAAACAAUCAGUCACAAUCAUGCCAGACUCCUGUGAGUUCUGGGCAAUGCCGGUCCAGUUUGAUAAUCUACACAAAAUAAGAGUGCCACUUAAUAGAUGUGAGGGGAUUGAUAUGACUAUAUUUGAUAAGUUGGUUGAGAAUUCACGGAUAAUAAGCGACGCCGACAUAGAAGCUCAGCCACUGUGGGAGUAUCCAUGUAAAUGCAGAGGAGAAGCGAGAAAAAUAUUGGAUAUUGAUCUAAAUAACUUACAACCGACAUAUGCAGCAGAUGGUGUCAACACUGUAAGUGAUGUAGUGGAGGACAGUCAUCAUUACGUGAACGGAUUCGCUAUCUGGAUCACCUGGAUAGUUGGUGGAAAACAGAUGAGUGCAGGGCCCACUGUGUGGCCUGCCGUGGGACAAAACGUAGACUGGGACAUGCACACGAGACAAGCUGUCCAAAUAUUGAAAAAACCCAGAAAUGUUUCAUGCUCCGACAAAUGGUGCUUCCAAGUGGCAUGCGACUUAGAAAAAGGAGUGUUCAAUUUAGUACUGGACUUUGUCACUGAUUAAUUACACAAUAAUAUACAGUAUCCGGUAUAAGAUAAUGCACAUCGAGGUUCGGAAAGAGUUGGAGAGUAGCAGUUUAGUAGUGUUGUUUCUUUUACUCCGCACCUAUAUUUAGGAGUUUCCACGUUGAGUCGUUAAGGCGGGUUUUCACUAUCCGAGUACACUCGGUUAUCUACUCGGACACUACUCGUAUAGUAUUAACACGUAUGGCGGUAGUUUUGAAGUUCAAUAAGUGAUUUUAAACCCUACUCUGAUUAGUAAUAUUUGAAUUUGAAUAUUUGACAACUACGAGUAUACUAUCUUGUGCGAGUGUCCUCCGACGGUGAAAACCCCGCUUUAUGAUUUCUGGAACUUUCUAUGUUUCGUGAGAAGUGGCAAUGCGUGACCCAUUUUUAUUUGUGAAUAUGUGCGUUACCUAGUGGUUUAAUAUUCAAAAUACUUAGCCCCGAUUUCAUAGACCAUUGAAGUAGAUCGCGGUUAGCACACUUUGAAGUAAGCUUACGACUAUAAACGAUAUUAAAGAUCUAAUUCUUAUUUUACAAAUACAAACUAAACGCAGUUAUAGCCUAAACGCGUUUAAAUGCUGACCGUCGAAUUUUGGACUUUAAACAUAUUUGCUCGCGUUCAAGAGCUGUCAGUCAAACAUUCACAUUUAACAAUUUUGAUUUAUCGAUGACAGUUUUGACAGGUGUUUGAAACAUUCUAUAUGACACGUAAACUUAGUUUACGUCAACACGCUCAAGAGAUAUUGUGAAAACUUUUUGUGUUUAAUUGAGAUUAAGAUUUCAGUUGAACUCGUUUAAGUAAAACUGAGUUUUAUUAAACUCAGUUUGAAGGGUCAUUGGUGAAUUCGGGGCUUGGGAGCUAAUGCGAUUGACGACCGACGACUGAUUUGAUGCGCAUGAUUGAUUUGAGUACUCAUAUAGCCGAAUGGUUAGUGACCCUGACAACUAAGCUAGAGGUCCCAGGUUCGAAUCCCGGUAGGUGCAAACAUUUACAUGAUAAAUAUGGAUUUUUUUUAAAUAAGGGACGAGACGAGCAUGACGUUCAGCUGAUGGAAUUUGAUACGCCUUGCCCAUUACAUUGCAGUGCCAGUUGCCAGCAGUUACAUUCAGACCGAAACACGAUAAUGUUUACACAUUACUGAGUUUCGUCUAAGUGUGUCAAUAUUAUUAUAUUAUAAAAAAUGCCAAGCGUGGCUGACUUUUUACGACUUGUCAAACAAUCGAUUACAGUAACAAUAGAUUCUUCGUUCGACAUGUUCUUCUCUGGCGCACGCGUUGUUUGCACACUCAGUAUAUUAAAUGUCUAUGUCUCUUUCGUUCCAUAGCUUUAUUUCUAUGUAUUUCAUUCACUAACCUCUUAUAUAUACCACUAGACUGGCGGCUGUCAAAGUGCUUUUGUGCCUGUUUGAUAUUCGCCCUUUUGGCGCUGUUGGCUAUAGCGAGAGUCUGCGGUACUAAAACUAGCGAUGACAACCCCAGCAAACAUCGAUAUAUGGUGGGAAUUUUUACUAAAAAUAUGUGUACUAUGUUACCUUGAUUCUUGAAGUAUUAAUAACACGGACAACGAACGAGAUUAAUUCCAAAUGCAAAAAUACUUCAGUGUUUUGUACGUUCCUUUGCAGCCAUUUGUAUUAGACGUCAAAAUUAGUUCUCUGGACACUCGCGAGUGGCGCUUCAAAUAGACACAAAAGAUUUGCUGUCAAACAUUAAGAAAAGGCUGUCCAGUGUUAUUUAUACAGGUUAGUGGGUUCAUUAUAUUUCGAGCCAGCCCAAGAGACGUGGUGCUUUACUAAGCCUGCUGAUCUGAGAGAAGCACGAGUGCAUUAUUUACUACCGAUUUGUACAUUAAUAUUAAUUAAAAUUAAAACAAUAUAACAGAAUUUAAUUAUUAUUUAAUUUUUAAAAUAUUACAUUAAAUGUAUUUUUUUUC